UGCACAAGGUUCGUGCCACUUCCGCUUCCGGCUACGGGAAGAUGGCGACGGCCGUGGUAGCUCCGGCCCUGUGGGGCUCCUUGGGGCGGCUGGUGUGUGCGUGUAGCCGCAGCAUCUUGACACCAUCGGGGUCAGGCUCAGCCUCCCUCUGGUCUGUUGCUCAAAGGUUCAGUUCACAGAGCACUUCAUUUCAACCAGGAUAUGUUCCUAAAACAUCCCUGAGUUCUCCACCUUGGCCAGAAGUUGUCCUGCCAGACCCAGCUGAAGAGAUCAGACACCACACAGAGGUUGUGAGGAAGGUGAACGAGCUGAUCGCCACCAGCCAGUACGGCCGGCUCUUUGCUGUUGUGCACUUUGCCAGCCACCAGUGGAAAGUGACCUCCGAAGACCUGAUCUUAAUUGAAAAUGAAUUAGAUAUCAAGUGUGGAGAGAGGAUCCGGCUGGAGAAGGUCCUGCUGGUUGGGGCGGACAACUUCACGCUGCUUGGCAAGCCACUCCUCGGAAAGGAUCUUGUUCGAGUCGAAGCCACAGUCAUUGAAAAGACAGAAUCGUGGCCAAAAGUCAACAUGCAAUUUAAGAAGAAGAAAAACUACAGGAAGAAAAAAAUCAUCGUGAACCCCCAGACCAUCCUCCGGAUUAACACCAUUGAGAUUGCUCCGUGUUUGCAGUGAUCACCCAGUAUAACAUCCAGGCCUCAUAGCGCACACCUGUGAUCCCAGCACUCUGGGAGGCUGAGGCAGGAGGAUCAAAAGCCUGAGCCCAGCUUGGGCAACUGAGUGAUUCAACAAGGCCCUGUCUCAGAAUAAAAAAUGGCUGGGGAUGUCACUCUGAGGAGGCCCUGGUUCAUUCACUCCUCAAUAGCGGGGGCCAAGGGCUAUGAAAAUAAACUCUAU